CUGCGCAGACGCGUUAUAGACAGUCAGACAGCGCACUAGGAGGAAAUUCACCUACUGCUGUUGAGACCAGCACAUUUUCUUUAGGAUAUAACGAUCGCAGAGCCUUUCGACGAGCUUUUUUUUCCCGACGGGGCGAAUAUGUCGACGCUGGGACCGGAGCCCCGUCCUCAUUCCCAGCUGCCUUCUGCCGCAUUACAGACGAACCUGAGCGGACUGGGCUCCAACACGAACCUGCCUCUCAACCGGGGCUUGGAGAGAGCUCUGGAGGAUGCGGCGAACUCUGGAUUUAUGAACCUCAGCUCAAGAAAACUGAAAGAAUUCCCUCGGACAGCAUCAAAUUACGACCUAACGGAUACGGUUGAAGCAGAUCUGUCGAAAAAUCGCUUGAUUGACAUCCCGUCAGAGGUGUGUCAUCUGGUCUCCCUGGAAACACUGAACCUUUAUCACAACUGCAUUAGAAACAUUCCCGAUACCAUCAUCAGCCUUCAGUCCCUUACCUGCUUAAACAUCAGCCGGAACCAGCUGUCAGUCCUGCCAGCGUGUGUGUGUGGUCUUCCUCUGCGAGUGCUCAACGCCAGCAAUAACAAACUCAACGCACUUCCAGAAAGCAUUGGCCAGCUCACCAAUCUCAUGGAGCUGGAUGUAAGCUGUAAUGAAAUCACAGCUCUUCCACGCCACAUUGGCCAACUUAAAGCUCUGAGGGAACUCAAUGUGCACCGAAACCUUCUCUGUGUUCUACCAGAGGAUUUGGCAGAUUUACCCCUGGUCAAGUUUGAUUUCUCCUGUAAUAAGGUUUCUACUAUUCCUGUCUGCUAUCGAAAAAUGACCCAGCUCCAAUCACUACAGCUGGAGAUCAAUCCACUUCAGAGCCCUCCUGCACAGAUCUGCAUGAAGGGCAAGAUUCAUAUAUUUAAAUACCUCGCCAUGGAGGCGUGUCGUAGUGACAAGAUGGCCGAUGCCUUGUACCUUCCUGUCACAGACCGCCUCAGCUUGACAAGGCCCACCAAUGGGAGCACUGAGGACAUUGAUCAGCACAAGAAACUUGACAGUGACUCUGGGGUAGGCAGUGAUAAUGGAGACAAACGCCUUUCUGCUACAGAGCCUUCAGAUGAAGACAGUCUCAGCUUGAAUGUGCCCAUGACCAACAUCACAGAGGAGGAGGGCUUGAGCAAAGACGACUCCAGUGAACACAUCAGCGCCCUGACAGUAGACAGAAGUCCGUCGGAAUCUCUUAAGGAACGUCUGGGUUAUCGAGACUCUGCACUCAGCUCUCCGUUCGUCAACUAUAUCAAAGGUCGAGGUGCUGACUUUGAUGAGCCCCUCAGGAUAGAGGAAGACACCAACUGGGCUUCAGAACAAACGUCAAAGGUCAAUAUGAUCAAUCAGCUAAAGGAAGCUGUGGAGAUGCUGCAGGACCCUAACAGGGUUAAUAUGAACUCGGCUGAUCUUUCUGGUAUUAAGCUUUACCCUGUGGAAAUGGUUACAGUAGAUGAGUCACUCAAUGGCCAAGAGAGUGAUGAGAGUCAGGCCACACCUAAGGCGGCUCCCGGAGAAUGCUGGGAGUUCCAGAGGAAGAGAAAGUACAUUCUAGAACGAGCCCGGCUCGAGGCCCAGCUCGCAUGCCAACAGUAUGCUCUGCACAUGGCACAACAGGGUGAUGUGAUUGGCCAGGAAAGAUCAGGUGAUAGUUGUGAGAGCCAAGUUACCAAGAAUGAAGACAAAACCCCAGUUUCCAGCCCCACACUGAGCUCACCUCCCUUUGGUCUGAAGCCCAGAUCAGCUUCACCCUCUGUGCUAUGCUCGACUCCGCCCUGUCCCCUCCCACUUACACAGGCCCUGCCCACCGAUAGAGACACGCCCCCUAGCCCAGCUGAAGGAGACAUGCCAAGCAGUGUGUUUUUCAGGACCCACAAGACUUUGGAGUCAGUGGAUCCUCAGUUCACCAUGAGAAGAAAGAUGGAGCAGCUCAGAGAGGAGCUGGAGCUCAUAGAGCAACUACGAGAGAGUAUUGAGAGCAGACUGAAAGUAGUUCUCCCUGAAGAUCUUGGCUCGUCUCUCAUGGAUGGGGUCGUGCUUUGUCACCUUGUCAAUCACAUUCAGCCGCGUUCAGUGGCCAGUAUCCAUGUACCAUCCCCUGCAGUGCCCAAGCUUAGCAUGGCUAAAUGUCGCAGAAACGUUGAAAACUUUUUGGACGCCUGCAGGAAAAUGGGAGUCCCUCAGGAUAAAUUAUGUCUGCCACAUCAUAUUUUGGAGGAGAAGGGACUGAUCAAAGUUGGCAUUACUGUCCAAGCUUUGCUGGAUGAGACUUCCACCAACCAGACACUCUUCACAUGAAUCACACACACACUAAUCCCUGUGGAUGGACCUUCACCGCCAGAUGAUCUUUGAGAAAUUCCUUGGACACUGUCCAUAUAUUCCUAUUAUAAUAGCUGAUCCUCAGCUGCAGGUAUAUGCUCAUGUUUUCCUCACUUCCUUUACUUUUUUAUUGUUUAGUACUGUU